ACUUGGAUGUGUCCAUCAUGGGCUGCACGGCGAUGGGGUAGAGGGUGAGCGCGAUGGCGCCCACCAGGCCGCCCACCAGCGCCCCGAAGCGCCAACCCUUCCAGGUCUGCACCAUUCGCCUUUGGUAAUUGGGGGAGAUCGAGCCGAGAGCGACACCAAAAACAAGACAGCAGCUGAUCGCCGCUUUCCCGCCGAAACGACUCAAAAGAUUGAACGUCGCUGUGGGUUAUUCUACCGGCUGAGUGGUGGCAGCACUAGACCACCAGCUCCGAAGGCUAAAGGUGGCAGAUUUUCCCCUCGGAGAGGGGUGAGUAAUGAGAACAGACAACAGAAAUCACUCAGAUAUCUUAAGAUCAAGAGUGUGGACUCUGCUGAGCGGUUCCCAGAGCUAGAUUUUUGCGGCCAAAAAUGUGCAGUUGGGUCUACUACAACAGAGCAAAAUCGGUUUGGCUGUCGGGCGUUCCAUUCAUAGGGGGGAUGACGGUGUCAGGGCUGCCGAUAUGGGUGGCGAGGACCUGGCAUGAGGAUUACCUGCUGCCAGGCUGCGCCGUCGAUGGCACCGGCUACUUCGCCUUCGAGGGUCAGGUGAUCAAGAAGAACGAUUUCUACGUGUUCUUUGCCGAUAACGCCAACUACGAUUUCUUGAUCAAUCGCAACCUGCUGCCAACGGACAAUUGCGUCGUCGCAGGGCAGACGCCGAGGAAUGAAAGAUUGUACGUCGGGAAAAUCCUCGAACCUAACUGUCAAGCCAUCGGAUGGAUGCAUAACGGAGUUUGUUCUGCUGUGUUGCCAGGCGAAGUCGUUCAUUGCAGCGCUCAGUACAGUUUGCUCCAGAAAACCUACUGGUGAUCAAUGGUGAUGGCCUGAAGAAAUCACAUCACUCAAACUGGCAGC